GGAGGCUGGCAUCGCAGCCCGGGCGGACAGCGGCCUGGUUCCGCCGCUGUUAGCCCGGUGAUUGACAGCCUGGCCCCGGGCUCCGGGGCUCGGUUCGUCCGCGGACGUCUGGGUCCGACAAGGUGAGCGGCGGUCCAGCCAGCGGUCCAAACGGCGGCCAGCGGUCCAGCGAGCGGCCCCCACCCCCCACCCCCCGUGGUCAUGGACGCCUGCGCCCGUAUCCGAGGCGUCCCCAUCAGGUCCAGGGCUUCGGUCCGUAAGGAGACCGUGCGUGACGGUGGCUCUCAGUCUGUGAAGAGCCUCUUCAGGAACAAGAAGGAGCUGUGCAGCGUCGGCCCGGAGCCGCCGGCCAGAGACCCGCCCAGACUGACUGAGAUCCACUUCGUGUGUCUUCCCGGUCAGUGCGAAGGAGACGACGCCACCCAGCAGGCCCUGGCGUCCCUCCCGGCCGGGCUGAGUGAGAUCCUGCGCUCCCUCCACGUCCUCGGCCUCCGCAACGACGAGGUCCUGCUGCUCCGAGACCACCGCCGGCUGGCAGAGCCCCGGGACGCCGGGACUCAGUGCUGGCUGAAGGCUGUCUGCGUGCUGAGACACGGCCCCGGCGCCGGCGCCGGCGCCCAGGCCGGCGUGGCGUCGCUGCUGGGCCUGCUGGGCAGCUACAUGGCCGGGGUCCGCUACGCGCUGGAGCUCCAGGCUCUGCAGAGGGGCGCCGCCGAGUCCGCCCAGCCCGAGGAGGACGACACCAACCAGUCGGUGUCCUCCAUCGAGGACGACUUCGUCACGGCCCUGGAGCAUCUGGAGGACGACGACGCGGGAGACAAUCUUUCUGCCGCUCUGUAUUGUCACUUUAAGAAGCGUGACGUGGCGUCCCAGACGGUCCCGGCUCACAAGCGGAGAAAGGAGUUGUCGGGCUCCCGUGUCAUUGUGAGCUCCUCCUCCAAGAAGAGUUCCACCAAACAUCGAUCCGACGUCUCCGUCACGGUGCAGAGGUCGUCGGGAGUGGAGUCUCAGUGGACCUACUGCAGUCCCGGCGCUCGGCUGCCGUCGCCCCUGGUUCAUGUCAGCGAAUCAGAAGAGUCCGACUGCUCGAGCCCGAGUCCGAUCAUCUUCCUUGACGAAGUGGGCUACCAGAAGAGCCUGCUGGCCAAGCUGGACAUCCCCCAGGUACCCGGAGGCCCCAGAGAUCGAGUUGAAGAUUCCGACUCUGAAGUCAGCGAAUUCUUUGACAGCUUCGACCAGUUCGAUGACCUGGAGGAGCUGAGCGAGGAAAGCUGCACCCUCACCCUGCCCCUGGACGCCAUCGGGGUUCAGGACGCUCAGAAGAAGCCGGCAGAGUCUGGUGGCUCAGCGUCGAAGUAUGUUUCCAGGGGCUGCUCUACGAAGGCUAUGAAUCCCCAUCGUUUUGACCAGCCCACUCUCCCAGCCAACGUGAAGAAGCCCACUCCUCUGAAGCCGGGCUCGCCCUACUCGGUCCACCCAGAGGUGCCGGACUCCCCUCGACCUGUGCAGACGCCCUCAGAAGAGAACACCGGGCCGCUUUUCAGUCCGCUCAGCUCCUCUGCGUUCAGCCCUCUGGUGGACUCUAGUGGACCACUGGAGUACUUCUGGAAGACCGACGAGGAAGAACAAGACGGCUCGGAGCUUCGUAAACCUCAGGAUCUCUGCUCCCUCUAUAAGACCUACUCAGAUUUUGCCAGCAGUCUGUCUAAAGAAAUCCUGGGGUCUGUGUGCGGCUUCCAGUCCGCUGUGGACAUCAGCGACAACAAGAACCUCAGCUGUGUCUGCCACAAAGAGUUUACCAACCCCUCGGGCUACCUGAUGAAGCUCUCCGACAUCCAGGAGACCGUGACCGUGGCCAAGCUGCAGAAGAAGUCUCAGUCUCUCAAAGACGGCAUCCAGCGGUUUGCCACAGACUUGGUGGAGAUGAGCUUGGGCAGUGCCUUGCGAGACCUGCAGAAAGGCGUGUCUACAUGCACCACCACCUUAUGCCACCUGGCUGCCAGACUGACCUCCUCGGUGUUCCAGAUGGCCUUCCAUGAGAUCGGCAUGCGACACGCCUAUGUCCUGAAGGAGCGAGCGAUCAAUGGACUGGCUGGCUUCCUGGUGGGAGAGGCAGUGUCCGGGGCGCUGAAGGAGUUCCUGACCGUGAAGAAGCAGAUUUUCCACAGCACGGUGACUCGCUUUGCUGCCGAUCUGGCUGAAGAGUUGGUGUUUGAAGGCAUAAUGGAGGUGUGUCAGUUCUCACACCCUUCGACUCCUCUCACUCCCAGCGAUUGGUCUUUUGGACAGGAUAAAGAGGAAGAAGAAGAGGGAGAGGUGGUGUCCUCGUACGCCUCGGAUUUGUCGGAGUCUGUGAUACAGGAGGCCUUCAUCGAGCUCUCCCAGGCGGACGUGGCUUUCACCAGCCAAGCCGCCAUCAGUGUGUCUUUGGACAAUGUUUGUUACGUCAGUGCAGAGAACACGAGCACUCACACUUGCAGUACCUUUGCGAAUCAGCAGGUUUUAAGCUCGAGCUCGGCCACGCCGGCCCCGGGGCCCUCAGGAGAAGACGCUUCCUGCACCGUGAAGAGAGCCCUGUUCACCGUUUCAGGCAUGGCCAGCUGUAUUCCCGUACCCCAAGCAGGCCAGGCCCUCUCUCACCUCCAGGACUCUGAGGAGAGCUCUCAGCAAAACUCUGACCUGACAGAGACCCUGCAGGCCAGUCCCAAAAAAGUAGUGGUGUCCUCGUCUGAUGCCACCUCAUCCACACAAACUCAUCUUUACAGUCAUGGAACUCAGACCCCCACACCGACUGGAGACUCCUCCCAAGGGAAGUCUUCCUUUCAAAACUUCUCUGGAAACAUGGUGGACAUGAUUGUAUCCGAAGCUUGUGAGCUUAUAACCGCCACGAAGGUGAAGAAGAGCUUUGGGGACUGUGCCGAUUUUCUCACAAAAACUAUUGGAAGCCGUAGGGACUCCUCCUCGAAGCAGGAGUCAGUUAAUUUUGAAACUUUGGAUUCACCUUCAAAGCAGGGAGCGUUCAGAUACGACUGCAGAGAUUCUGGGAGUGUCAGGCAGAGUGAGGCGGUUCAGCAGCAAGCUGACCCCUGCAUUCCACCCGUUUCCUUUCAGACAGGCUCUCCAAGCCAGGGAAAAGUCAAGUGCGAGAUAGAUCACAGGCCACGAGGUGUGGCUGAAACGAAUCCUGGGAUGAUGGAUACUCUCAAUGUGCCGGGCACAGAGAUGGGCGGACCGAGAAAGGUAUCGGCUCUUAUGGAUGAUUCAGCUCCGAGCCCCGGCCAGAAAUCUGGGGGGACUCCCGGUACUCCUCCUUCCACCCCUCAGCAGCCAAGCGAAGUAUCCAAAGAAAAACAAAUCAAACAAUUCUCCAAGAAGCUGAAAAGCAAGCUAGCUAAGGAGUUUUCCCCCGCGACGCCUCCUCCGACCCCUCACUAUCAGCCCGAGCCCGGCCCCGAGCCGACGGACUCCAUCCCGGAGGCAGACAAAGCCGAGUUCAUGCUCAAACUGAUGAGGUCUCUCUCCGAGGAAGCAGAUGGUCACGAGGAUGUGGACGAGGAAGAACCUGCAGAGGAAAGCCGUGUUGACCGCGCCAACUCGUGUGCAGAGACGGAGGUCGGCCGGAAAGAACUUAACAAGAUGUCGUCCCGCAGGAUGUCCAACAAGGAGGCCCUUCACUAUGCCGAGCGACUGGCGUGCCACAUCGUCUCCAUGGCAACGGAAAUGGACACCCUCGGAGUUUCAGAGGUCGAGGGAGAAUCGAGCAGAAGCGGCGAGAGACGGCGAGACAGCGUGGCUCAGUUCUCCGAGCAGACCCUCAACACGCUGUGGGUGUACGCCGGGGAGGUGGCGGGCGAGGUCAUCGACGACGUGAAGAGGAUGGUGAGCUCCGGACAGUGUCCCCAUCACAGAGCUCUCAGAAGAAGGAGCUCUGAGAGUCUGCACCACCGGCACCUGUCCCAGCCCAGUGCCGAGCGGAACCGAGACGUGAAGAUCGGAAGGCUGGCCGAGCAGUGGUCCAACGACCUGAUCGCCUCUGUGUCCCGGUCUCCAGCGUCUUCCUCCAGCUCCGGUCUCUCCUCAGAGUAUCCCAGCUGUGAGAGCGUCACGGACGAGUACGCCGGCUACCUCAUCAGGGUGCUGAAAAAGGAGGGAGGCAGCAGGGAGCUGGUUUUAGACCAGUAUGCGAGCCGUCUGGCGUAUCGCUCAAUAAAACUGGGCUUGGCUCACGCCAGUCGUAAAAUCAAGCAGAGGUCCACCAGCGCCCGUCUUCACUCCUCAAAAUCUCUGCCAGACGAGUGGAGAACCCCCGGGAGUGAGGCCUCGUCCCCCAGAGAGAAAGCAGAGUCACUGGUGUUGAACUCAGGCGAGGAUCGCCGGUGUAGCUGCAGGAGUUCUGAGGAGCAGAGUAACAGGGAGUACAUGGAUCUGGUCAACUUCGCAGAGUCUUUAGCUUACAACAUCACCUGCGACGUGACGCGCAAGCUGCACGUCUCCUCUGUCCGACUGCCCAAGUCCCUCACCGACUCCUGUCUCUAUAAGAAAUCCAAACUCGAAGACAUGACGGAGAAUCUCAUCAGGAACUCCUUCUCCUGCCCCCUGAUGUCCAGAGAGGGUAAAGGUCGGCAUUACCACAGCACCGGGAGUCUGUGCGACGGAGGCUACAGCGGCAGGGUGAUGCAGGUCAUCGACCAUUACGCCAGGAAGAUCGUGGAAGACACUCUGAAGAUGAGCCUGGCCUCGUUAGGGCACUCGUCCCGAGAGCACCAGAGGACCCAGGGUCACGACAGACACCCCCACGCCCAGAGGUUCUCUGAGGGGUCGGCGCUGGGCCGGCCGUCCGGAGGGAGGAUGUGCCACUACUGCCAGGUCCAGGAGUGUCUCGGCAGGCACCGCUACCAGCCCCUGCUGCAGAGGAGGACACGGGGGUCAGAGGGCAAGGCGGAGCGACUCUCCGGUCUAGAGAUUCCCAAGAUCCACAUUGACCUGGACCACAGGGCGGCGUUUGCCGAAGAGAUGGUUUCCAUGGCGAUGGAGACGGCCAAGCGCGAGCUGAGCAACACCAGCCUGAACGCCGACAGCGGCAUCGGCCACGACGGGACCAGCUACGCCGAGAGUCUCACGGCCGAGAUCAUGACGUCGGCCCUGACCAACGUCUGCCAGGCGGCCAGCGUCAGUUCUCCGGGUCGAGAAACCACGGAGUCCACCGUGUCCCAGCAGCUGAGCGUGGGAGACGACAGUCUGGGCAGCUGGUCCAACCUGAGCUUCGAAGACGAACAUCCAGACGACAACAGCAGCUUCCUCCACCUGAGCGACAGCAGCAACGGGAACAGCAGCAGCUGGAGCAGCCUGGGCCUGGAGGGCGAGGCGUGUGAGGAGCGCAUGUCCUUCUCCCCGUCUGACAGCAGUGACAAUCCAGAGGACAAGGAGGCCGAGGCCAAGGAGGAAUCCAGCGGGACGCUGUGCGGCGACCGGACGCCGGCGCCGGCCCCGCCCCCUCCUCCUCCUCCCGCCCGGACCGCGCUGCUCGUGGUCAACUCGGACGCCAGGGAGCGGGCGACCCUCGACCCCCAGCUCCGGAGCAUGCUGCAGUGGGCGGCGGCCUCCAUGGCCGACGUGCCGCAGGUGCAGCUGGGCGGCGACAGAGAGCUGCAGCAGCUCCCCCUGGUGGUCCAGAGGCUACGGGAGCGGCGCUGGCGGGUGGGAGAGCUGCUGCACACGCUGCUGCGCUACUGCGAGGAGGAGCCCUCCCAGGGGGCCCCGGGGGGCCCGGGGCUCCAGCGCCCCCCCCUCUUCCAGUGGCUCCUGGAGCAUGCUUAGGGCCCCCCCUCUUUCUCUCCCUCCCUCCUUCUGUCCUCUCCUUUCUCGGUUCCAGACGCUCCUCUGCUCCCUCAUCGCACCAAUCAGCUGAGCGUCGCCCACAAUCCCCUCCUCCGCCGAGUUCUCGCCGCGGCGUGGAGGCGGCGAGCUCCGUCCUCUGCACCUUCGGGGGGAACCCGCCCCCCACCCCCGCCCCGCCCCGCCCCGCCCCGCCCCGCCCCCGCCCCGCCCAGACAGGAGCAGUGAAUGUUCUGUCAGGGAAUCCCCACAGCUGGGUGGGCGGAGUCGGCUCGCCCUCCGCCCUCCGCUCACCUCCACCGUGUUUCCACAUGUCUGGAGACCAACACACACAUGCUCACACACACACACACACACACACACACACACACACACACACACACACACGCACACACACACACACACACACACGCACUGCACGCCCUUCUCUUAUCACCAAUGAUUCUGUAUUCCACAAGUAUUAACUGUUGAGCUGCUCAGCUGUUCAGACACACACACACACACACACACACACACACACACACACACACUCGGCCCCUGGACUCUGCCAAACCGGCCCUCUCAGUGUUCAGACUGAAAACAGCGGCGGCUCUUCGCCGCUCCUCCAGACUGAAGGACGGUUCCAGAGCUGCGCGGCGACGCGCCGUGACGGCGGGCCGCCAGCAGGGGGCGUCUGGCGGUUCUUGACGGUCUCUCUGUGAUGAAGAGCGUUGAGCUGCGAUGAGGAGAAACCUUCUCCUGCCGGAUCCGGUUCUCCAGCGGAAGGCUUGGAACCAGGAGCGAGCAGCAGAACCGUCUGGGAGACGCUUUGCUCUGUUCACACCACAACGCGUCUCCAUGGAAACGAGGAAACGGCCUGUCUGAGCUUCUGCUGCUGGUUCUGCUCCAGUGUUUUAACGUCUCCGGGUUUCCAUGACGACAUUCUCAAAAUGUUCUGUGGAACGAAGCGUUUUCUCUUGAAACGUUGUGCUGAGUGUGUGUGACGGUGUGUGACAGUGUGUCACGGUGUGAGGGUGUGACGGUGUGUGACGGCUGUGAACGCCUCCACUGUGACCCUGAGCCGGGUGAACGUGGCGCUGAAGGAGGACAGGAUGGGAAACACUGUCAGGUCCGUAACUCUGGACCCUGAACGUGAGCAAGUGGAGGAUUUGUGGUGUUAAAACUCUAAAAGUGUUCUGGGAGAAGCAGCGUCUGUUCAGAAGGGUUAGGGUCUAACCCCGACCCCGACCCCGACCCCGACCCCGAACCCGACCCCGACCCCGGGGCCGCCGGUCUGGGAGGACAGAGAGGACAGUUUAAGACUCAUUUGAAGGAGCAGGAUCGUAGUGGACGGGCUCCACAGGGAAACACUCGGACUGAUCCUUAACCCCCCCGUCCCCAUCCCCCCGUCCCGUCCCGUCCCCCCCGUCCCCCCCGUCCCGUCCCGUCCCGUCCCCCCCAUCCCAAACCUCCUCAAGGCUUCAUUAAAACUGGCUUUAUGCUGACAUUGUGGCCAUUUCCCGUAUUAAUUGUGAAAUAUAAACGUUUCCAUCUGAGCGCCUGCAUUACAGCGAAGACUCAACUCCAUGUAAAGAUGAAGACUCUGUUUUACCCGCCUGGUCCUGAAACUGAGUGUUAAAGACACGAAAACUUUACUGUCACCGAGGUUUUCACACUGUAAGUUGUUAAAAAACAAACAGCAGUAAUUUAUUUGUGUCCAUCCAGCAGGAAGUCCGCUGUCGCCGUGCCGAGCCCUGUUUCCUCUUCCUUAUCGUCUUUAAUGUUGACAUUUUUUUGUUUGUUCUGUCGCCGUGGUGACGGCUGAUGGUCCCAGAGAGAUCCAGUCUCUGUCAGUCGUGUGACGACGGGACAGAAGGGAGACUUUUAGUCUGCAGAAUGCGGGAAUCGGUGUCUUCAGUCAGUGAAGUAGAAUGAAGAAGGCCUGCAGGAAAAAGGCCCCCGUCCCCCGGUGGGCCCCCGCCCCACACUUUGAGCCCCUCUGGCCUGGAGCGGUCUGGUUCACGUCCCACAUGGACUGCAGGGGAAGAUCCAGUGACGCACUCGGCUCGGCCCACCCGUCAGUAAUUAAAGACACCUCCAGAAACCACACACACACACACACACACACACACACACACACACACACACACACACUCACACACUCACUCACUGCCAUUACUCACCCGCCACACGUGCGCACCGAUCCAUGCAUUUUUCUUUUCCGCGUCGGGGGCAGGUUUUUGUGAUUGUGCCCGGCUCUGAGUGAAAUCCCGCCGUUGCCAUGGAAACCUCCCGACGGCGUCGCUGGUUGUUGGCCUGCGUGGCUGAGAUCCGCGUCCCUCCAGCUGGUCGUCCUCCGCCAUGUGUUCACACAGGAAGUGAGUCUUCCUGCAGGUCGUCACGGCGACGCCACGGAGAAACCAGCUUUUCUUUUCUUUACAUUCCGGUUUUUAAAGUGAAGAUGUUGAGGAAAAAAACCCCUCUAAUCCUUGUUUUUCACACUCGGGCUCCGAUUCUACAGCGUUUUCAGAGCUUUUAUUUUGGAGGCGUGUUUCCAUGGCGACUGUGAAAACACUGCGACUCCGUCGCCAUGGAAACAAGUGAAAACGCUGUAAACGGAGCUGCAGUUGGAGCUCGGUUGACCCUGACUGACCUUUCUUUGUUCUCCAUUUCACACGUCGUGACCUGAUUUUGACCUCGGUCUCCUAACUUUCUCUCUUUUGUCGACUUUUUGACUUUGACUUGUGUGAAAACGGACCUUCCUUCAGACUCGACGUCCUGACUUGAUUCCGUCUUCAUUCCUCUUCCACUCCAUUUCUCUUCACUUUCUGACUUUACUCAGUCUUUGAUAUUUGCACAUUUUUCUCUAUGUAUGAAUAUUUUAUGUUAUUUAUUUGCGUUUUGCCUUUUUUUUGUUGUUGCACUUUAUUCUUUACAUUUUGAUUUUAUUUAAACUUUUUUUCCAAAUUUGGGCUCUUCAGUUCUGUUUUACUUUAUUUCGACAUUUUAUAACUGUUUCUAAAAUUCCAGCUUGUAUUAACUUGUCUCUCCAUCCGACUCUUUAUUUUGACUUCAUUCCUGACGUUUCUAUUCUAGUUCUUUUUUUUUCCAUAUUCUGACGUAUUCCAUCACUCAGCAGUAUUAAACCUGUUUUCCUCACAUUCUCUCCUGUUUUGAACCUUUCUAGACAUUUGACUGACUGACUUUGACUCACUUCCUGACGUUUAAUCUUUAAAUUCGAUCAUUUUCUCGACAUCCUCGCUGUUAGAACGGGAUGGGAAGUCUGGUUCUCCUGAAUGUGAGUGAGGUGUCGUGCCGAGCCGUCCUGUUUCCACCAGAGGAAUGUAUUGAGAGCGUAGAGAUGCUCUCCUCUCGUGUGUCCUCCCUGUACUCCACUGCCCCGCCCACUGCCUCACUGCCCCGCCCACUGCCCCGCCCCCGGUGAGCUGUAGCGCUUUGUGGUCGUGCUCGUGAACGCUGAAUGUGAACCUGCCAACACUUCCGCCGCUCCCAGUGUUACUUCCUGCCUCCGCUGAGGGGAAACGUGUUACUGAAGCAGCAGAAGCUGCUCCUCGCCUCUCCUCCCGCUUCUCCCGCUUCCCUGUAAAAUCCUGCCAAAUGAAGAUAUUUAUUAAAUUAUAAUCUAAGUUAUCCAGCGGUGCGUCUGCCACUUGUUCUCCUUGGUGUUGCUGAAUAGUUUACACUGAAGCUCCGAGUCGGAAAACUAACUUUGUUUCUGUCAAAGCUUGGUGUGACAAUAAAGCUUUUUCAUGUGCUCA